AUGUCUUCAGAUACACCUACACCUAGUGAAUUACUGAAAAAUAUAGAAACACCAGAAGUGACGUCUCCUCAUGAAAAAGAGGCUCACCAGAAGGAGCCAGAGAAUGAUAACCCAUAUCCACCAAAAUCAAUAGUCCUAGCAAAGGUUAAAGGGUAUCCGCCGUGGCCUGCCAUGAUUCUCGACGAGGCAUUGUUACCUGAAAAUAUUCGUAGUAAGAAGCCUAAAAGUGUCAAACAACCUCCUAAAAGAAAACUGUCUAAGCCGAUAACAAUAUUACCGGUUCGAUUCUUUAGCGACGAUACAUACAUCUGGAUUAAAAGCAAUGAAUUGAAAACACUAAAUCACGAGAUGAUAAAUCUGUUUUUGCAAAAUGACAAGAAACGUAAGGAUAACUUAUUACAGACGGCAUACGAAUUGGCCAAUGAUCCACCAGACAUGGAAUUAUUCAUAAAAUGGGGAUCAAAGGGCGAACCGGUCGAAGUUCCGUAUGUCCCUGAAGAAGAAGUCGUCGAAGAAGAGGAAGAAGACGUCGAUGAUAUAGAAGAAGAGGAUGUCGAAGAAGAAGAAGAAGAAGAAGAAGAUUACGAGGAGCCUUCUCGUAAGAAACAAAAGAAAAAUACCAAACAACUGAAAAGCAAAAAGAAAACAACUAAGAAGCAACCAGCUAAAAAGGAAACCAAACCUACCGCAAUUCCAAAGGCAAAACAGGUCGAUCCAAGAGAACAAGGGUACGAUAGUGACUGGGGCUUAGAUGAAGUGAAGCACUAUAAUUAUGAUGAAGGAAAUUAUAUUUUUGAUAAAGAAAAGGAUCAGAUCAAAUUUGAAACAGAAUUUCCGUCGGCGGCAUCCUUAAGCAACUCUUUAGCAAAGUACCACAACCAGUUUGACAAGUUAGACAUACUGUUGACCGACCAGUUACUCUCUGAUCCAAUAAAUGAGACAGAAAUAUUGCAAAACCUUAAAAAACUAGACGGGUUAACUAUACCCAAAUCAGUGUACACGAAAAGCAAAGUCUUAAAGGCGUUGAUUCUUACAUUGAGAAGACCCAGCGAGAGAUUUCCCUACCCGAAAAUCAAGAAGGAAGUUAAGAAGCUUGUGCGGAAAUGGGUUGAUUUGGAUAUCGAAGAAAAUACGAUCGAGGACUUGGAGAUGAUCGAAGAAAACGGCGAAACCACUCAGGAACCAGAACAGUUGCCUGACGAGGAGUCAAAACAGGAACCAGAACAACCGAAUGCUCAGACAGCCCCCGAUGCGUUACAAGGAGAGCAUCAAACGUCGGGAGCCUCUGCAACAGAACAGCCUGAAUUGGCCACGGCCACCCAAGAAACUCCAGAAAAUACGCAGGGUGCUUCGAGUGAACCUAACGGGGUCAAGUCUGAUUCUUUCAACACAGACAGCUUUGUUACGGCCUAA